AUGAAACACCAUUGUCUCAUACUAGUAGCUAUAACAAUCAGUGCCACCUUAGGGGCACCCCGUAAGGGCCGCAUUUACGGCGGUGAUGCAGCCGCCCCUGGCCAAUUCCCCUCCAUAGUGUCCAUCAACGACCCAGUCCAAUUCUGUGAUGGGUCCAUCGUCAGCAAAAACUGGGUUGUCACAGCCGCCCAUUGCGUCGAUGUCGUAACAUCCACCACGACCAUCAUAGCAGGUACUAACUUGGCCAACUCCGGUGGUACCACCCAUAAAGUAGCCAAGUGGAUUAACCACGAGGACUAUGAUCCCACAGCACUGAUAAACGAUAUCGGCUUAAUCCAAAUCGAAGACGAGUUCGAAUUCGACGAUGUCACUCAACCGACGGAGUUUGUUGAUCCGGCAGUGAACGCAACUUGUAGUGUUGCCGGUUGGGGAGAGACGGACACUGUUGAAUUUCCAGAAGAGCUGCAGUUUGUUGAGCAGACCGUUUUCAGUUUUGAGACUUGUAAGAGUUUUGUAGGGGGUGAUUUGGCGGAGGGACAGACUUGUGCUUUUUCGGUGGAGGGUAAAGGGUUGUGUAUUGGAGAUUCGGGAGGGCCUUUGGUUUGUGAGGGGAAGUUGGCUGGGAUUGCGUCGUUUAUUAUCGAAGGUUGUGGGAAAGAUAAUCCUGAUUUUUAUACUAAGACGGCUCCUUAUGUUGACUGGAUCAAUAAAAAUAUACAGGCAAAGUGAAAUUAUCAAUAAAUAAAUAAAUAUUGACGGAGUUUACAAAAA